AUGUCGUGGAAUGCGAGCCAACUAGUAUUACGCUUAACAAAGGGUCCGAUUAAUUGCACUGGAGAUAACGUUGAUAUUUUUAACGACAUCCAGAAAACUGCCACUUGUCAUGUAUGCUUGAGCACUGGAGCAGUGGUUGGACUUGCGUUCCAUGCGCAGACUGGGCUUAUUUCUUUAGUUGCCUUGCUUGCCUUGCUUUAUAUCGUCGCACGCAAUUAUAUCCGCAACCACCAUAAACCACCUCCAGGUCCAUGGAGACUCUUCCGAGGCAACGUAGAUAUACUGAUGCUCAACGUGAUCGUCGCGGACAUGAUAAUGUCGUUGGGCGCAAUAUCCGAUAUCCGCUGGGCAUACGAUCGUCAAGUGUACUGCGGGUCAUUUUGCGAUGCACAAGGAAUUGUAAAGACUUUGGGGGAGACCGCAGCAGCGCUAUCCACGCUUGCCGUGGCUAUAUACACAUUUAUUGCCGUGAACUCCAGGCGCCCUCCGGUAUAUAGACCUUGGAUAUGCUUGAUUACAGUAGUAAUCAUUUGGUUAUGGUGCAUACUAUGGCCUGUCAUCCUUCUCAGGAAGUACGAUACGCCUGGUCCUGGAGGAGAGGAAGAUGUACAUUAUGCAUAUACCCCAACACCUUGGUGGUGUUGGAUCAAUUCCAAGUACCUGCCUGAACGCAUUGUUGCUGAAUAUCUUUGGUUGUGGAUUGCGGGGAUAUUCUCUAUUGGGUUGUACAUCCCUGCCUAUUACAUUGUACGGAACCAGCAAAACAUGUUCCGUGAGCCAGUCCCCGAUGCUGAUCGGCGGAGUGUUACAAGUACAAUUGAUGAAACUAACGAGGCAGUCAAGAUGCUAUGGUACCCUCUAGCAUACACAUUAUGCGUGCUCCCACUGUCCAUAAUGCGGUGGGCUGCGUUUGCAAACCCCGAUCUUUUGAAUCGGUCUCAAGUAAUGCCUGCAACCAUGGUCUUCAGCUCAAUAUUCAACUUGAUGGGCCUUAUUAACGUCCUGCUAAUCUAUUGGACAAGGCCCGCCAUUCUUCUCAUUGGCUCAGAUGGGACUUUGCCGCCCACAGAUCCGAGGUACACAUUAUCUAAAGAAGAAGUGAGCCCCAAUUCUUCGUUACAGUCGCUGCCUCCAAACGGCAAUAUUGGGCAAGACUCUCAUCAAGCGAGCUCACGGCGCGGGGACAACGGGUUUGGUGGGGAGAAUGUUAGUCUGCCACGCGAACCAGUUGCGUAG